UUGCCAACAGUUUCUGCACAACUUCUGAUUCUGAAUAUAUGCAUGUUUCGCAUAUAUUGUCGGUAUUGAUAGUGAAACGAGUGCAGAACUGCUAUCAACACAAUCCAAGAGUUGCAAUGGUAUCGCUAGGCGUACAAUCCAAUUACGAACAGUAACCGCAAACGUAGCUGGACGAGCUCAACAGUCUCGCAGUGAAACGAGGGGCUUUACUCAUUAUCCCCCAACUGCCUUAAUCAAUCUUCAAGCCUAUUUCUUGAUCCCAUCAAACACCAUAAGUGAGAUUUCAGCGUGGUUCGCUAAAAAGACUCCUAUACCGGUACCGGUAGUGAUCAUCCAUUCAUCGCCCUACACACUGAACCAAUGUCACAUCAUCCUUAGAAGCCAAGCUUCGAGAUGUCCUCGCCUGAUAUGCUACUCCCGAACGAACCGAUUCUGCCGGUAGACGAAAACAUAGCAACGGAAUGGCAACCCAUCACACUGACGCUGGUAGAAUAUCCUAAAGGUGAUCUUAUCGGAAAGCUGCUAGCAUGGAUAAGCCUAGCGCCACUUGGUAUCGGUGCUGGAUUCGUGGCAUUAAUACUGUUCCGACGAGAUCUGCACACCAUCGUGUUCUUUCUAGGGACGCUAGUGAAUGAGUGUUUCAACAUCCUGCUAAAGCACUGGAUAAAAGAACCGCGACCGUUGUCACGGGCCCAAAUUUGGACUGAGUAUGGCAUGCCUUCAUCGCACUCACAGUUUAUGUGCUUUUUUGCCACCUACGUACUGCUGUUCAUCUUUAUAAGACUGCAUCACAUAAACAAUAAUAAUAGCGCAAGGUUCGAGCGGCUCGUACGAUUGCUCGUGCUUGCCAUUUGCUGGACGGCAGCAUUUCUCGUCUGCUUCGGUAGGAUCUAUUUACUGUACCAUACACUUUCCCAAGUGCUAAUUGGUGCCCUUGUCGGUACGGUGAUGGGAGCGCUAUGGUUUCUGUUAACCCACUUCGUCCUCACACCCUACUUUCCCAUGGUGGUGCUGUGGCGUGUGUCCGAAUUGUUUCUACUGCGAGAUACCACCCUCAUACCGAACAUUCUCUGGUUCGAGUACACCGUUACGCGUCACGAAGCGCGGGCCCGAUCGCGGAAGCUGGUGAGCAUGAAAUCUCAGUGACGUUUUUGGUCACCCUGACGACGAUACUCGUACAUCAAAUAGCAUCAAUAGCAGCGCUGCGUUCUUUGCACACUUACACCAUCUUCAAACCCUAACCACCUAAAACGAGGAUACGAAAAGCAAAGGAUUAGCGAAGCAAAGCAGCAAUAUGAGUAGGAUAGCUGUAACGGGGUAGAUUUUGUGCAUGUUUGAGCCAUCAAAGACACAACUGGAACGGAUACAAUAUGGACCCCAACAAUAACACACAUUGGACAGCCUUGUGUCAUGAUACCACAAAUCCAUCUUCGGAUCUGCUUAGGUAGUAAGAACAUUAAUACUUAGCUUGAAUUAGAAAUUCAACACCGAUUUCCGAUGCAAAAAUUACCGUAGCGUAAAGAGCGGGUUUGUUUUGCCUUCGUAUGGCGAACUAAUGGAUAGCAUUAAAAGGUAGUGCAGCAUUAAAGCAAAAACAAAAUAACAAACUGGUAGCAUGCUGAACAGUACGGAACGCACGAAAGCACUCCUCAAGCAACUGGGCGUUGCAUUCAUGAAGCAUUAGUAAAAAUCAAACGAUUAAAGGAGCUUUCACACUUCGGUGCGACACCAGUUGCACGUGCACGUGCACCAGACACAUACACACACUGCAAGAAUAUAAUGUGAUGAUACACCGUUUGAGAAAACACUAGAAAACGAAACAAAAACAACAUUGAACACUGGAAGUGAUCGAUUUUUUUCGAUUCCUACGCACGGAAAGGAAAAAUAAAUAACAAAACGAGCUGAAGCGAAAUAAGUUUAGCAGCUCGUGCGAAUAAUU